AUGCUGAUGCGUCGCCGCCGCCUGCUGGGCCCGGUCCUCCCCCGCCUCCUCGUCGCCCUGCUCCUCGCGUCCGCCGCCGCAUUGCUCCCCGGCGCGGCCGAGGCGGCCGACGAGGGCCGCGUGGGCGAGGCGGUCGCGACGGUGGAGCGCGCGGACGCCACGGCCGCGACCCUGGGGGCGGCCCAGACCGACGGGGAGGCAACGCAGGGCAAUGGCACGAACAAGGAGAACAACCUCGCCAAUAUGAUCGACCGCGCGCUGGAGAAGGAGUUCCCCGACUCAGAGGGCGACCAGGGCGGCGGAGAUGUAUUCGCUGUUGGUGAUUGCUGUGGAUUCCUUGAAAGCACUGGCAAGGAAGUUCUCCUAGCCUUAGUUCAGGUUGUCGAGCGACAAGGCUUGUACCUUGCUCGCCUGCUCAACAGUGUAAUGAAAGCUGGAGGAGGGCAUGCAAACUCCCAGGUUGAAGUUGAUCUAGGUUCAAAGUUUGUGUAUAAGCAUCUAGGGAGUAUGGCAACCGUUGGAAGGUACAAAGCUCUGGUGAAUCUGAGGCAAAGCAAGGGCUCGAAGGGCAUAUCCAUCGCAGGAUUUGCAAGCUGGUUCAUCUGGCGCUCGGCAUACCUGACUCGUGUUGUCAGCUGGAGAAAUAGGCUCUAUAUGGCUAUCAACUGGCUGACCACGAUGAUAUUCGGCCGUGACAUAGGCCGUAUCUAGGGUAUCUAUAUGUAGAUAUCUGGGAUCUGAACCGUACGGACUACAUACGAACGCUAAAAGAAACAUAGGUCUUGAUCACAUUGAAUCUUUUUUUUCCUCCUGCUCCUCUCUCUAUCCCUUUCAGACUUGUCAACCAGGUGAGUUCCAAAUGCACAAUUUUUCUCUUGUAAAUUAUGAAUAAAUGAGAAUGAGAUGCAAUUUGAUGGUCUUCAAGUUACUUGGUGUGUACACGGUGAAUAUGUAUGCAACUGUAAUUUC